AACUAUACUUGUCAUGGCAAGCCAGAUCCGGGUCAUCUCAACCAGCAACGUGCAAACUGUAGCGGCUCGAAGCGGCGAUCCAACUCCAAAGAUCGAGUUGACUCCAUGGGAUCUUCAGCUCCUCCUGGUGGACCCCAUUCAGAAAGGGCUUCUUUUCCGCAAACCCAGAGCUAGCAUGGAUUCGGUAAUCCACCGCCUGAAAGCCUCUCUUUCAUCCACCCUGGACUUCUUCCCGCCCCUCGCCGGCCGUCUCACCUUUGACGAAUACGACGACGGCACCUGCUCCGUUUUUGUUCUCUGCAACAACUCCGGAGCAUUAUUUGUCCACGCCGCCGCAGAUGAUUUCACGGUCUCAGAUAUUCUUCAACCCACCUACACUCCUCGCAUUGUCCAUUCCUUCUUCCCGCUUAACGGAGUAAGGAACUACAAGGGGACGAGCAAGCCACUGCUAGGCGUGCAAGUCACAGAGCUAAGAGACGGCGUGUUCAUCGGGUGCACUGUCAACCACGUCGUCGCGGACGGCACGUCGUUUUGGCAUUUCUUCAAUUCCUGGUCUGAAAUCUCACGUGGUUCGAGCGAGUUAUCCAAGCCUCCCGCGCUCGAGCGUUGGUUCAUCGACGGCAUUAAUCGCCCUAUACGCAUUCGUCUCGCCGAGGCGAAGGAGAAGAUGAAGUUUGAUGGGCACCUCAAUUCGCAGCUCCGACAAGAGAGGGUGUUCCAUUUUUCAAGUGAAAAAGUAGCCGAGCUGAAAGCAAAAGCUAAUGCGAUGGCAUGUUCCAAUAUGAUAUCUUCUCUGCAAGCAACACUGACUCAUCUUUGGCGUGCUAUAGUUCGGAACCAGGGUACUGACCCAGAAGAAGAGGUCAACUACAGAUUGCUGAUAGGUAUAAGGCCGAGGAUGAGUCCGCCAUUGCCUCAGAACUAUUUUGGAAACGCGUUGCAGGAUGGUACUGUGAGCAUGAAAGCAGAGGAACUGCUAUCCCAAGAUGGUCUCGGUAAGGCUGCUUUGGAGAUGAACAAGAUGGUUGCUUUGCACACCGAAGAGAAGCUCGUGAGCCACGUAAGGUCUUGGAUGAAAAACCCUAGGCUGCUCACAGAGCAUGGGGUGGCUGGGAAUGCAUUGGCUACGAGUAGUUCGCCGAGAUUUGAUGUGUACGGUAAUGACUUUGGAUGGGGAAAGCCGGUAGCGGUCCGAAGCGGCGCCGGGAACAAAAGGUACGGGAAAAUCACUGUGUUCGCCGGAGCUGAGAACGGCAGCAUUGAUAUGGAGGUUUCCCUUUCUUAUGAAAUUUUGGAGGCCAUGGCAAAGGACUCCGAGUUCAUGGAUGCUGUCUCCGCUGCUUCCUAUGAUUAAUUAAUCAUUAGAAGACUAAUUAACGCUCGUUUAUAUUUUCAUCCUUUCGCUUGAAUGCUCUGUGUUUCUUUCGACUAGGCAAGCAAUCGAAGUUAUUGUCC